AUGGGGUUUAAAGGAUUUGUUACAGGAAGUAUCGGCAAUGGUGACUCAGUGGUUUCUGCAGGAACUGCUGGUGCCAUAGAUGUCGUGGCGGGUUCUGAUGCAGUUGCUACUGCUAAUGGUGCUAGUGGUGGAGUCAUAAGGGAUCAUCUUGGGAACAUGGUUGCAGCCUAUGCUAGCAACCUAAGGGAUAAUACGGUCACUCAAGUUGAAGGAAUGGCCCUCCUUUGGGGUCUGAAAAUGGCUAACUCCAUAGGAAUAAAGCAUCUCAAAAUUGAAGGAGAUUCUCGAAUCAUUAUCGAUUAUAUCAAAGGAAACGCUUCAGCAGGAUGGAGAGUGGAACCUAUUCUGAGAGACAUUAGGUACUUUCUGGUCAAAAUGAAGGACUUCACUAUAUGCCACAUAUUCAGAGAAGGAAAUAGAGCCACCGAUUCCAUGGCGGCUGAAGGAAGAUUGCAGAAUGGCUUACGAUGCUGGAGGGACUCCAAUCUACUGCCAAUCACCAUUAAGGAAAUCUUGGAAAAGGAAAAGGCAUUUUCCAAGGAAAGGACAACCCCCUCUGCUCAAUGA